CAGGUGAGCUGAUCUGGCACCGCUAUCUGAGCCCCUGAGAGAUUCACCUGUGUUGAUGUAGGAGGGCCCUAAACAGAUGCAUUGUGGGGAGGAGCUAAGGACAAGUCUGGGAGCUGCUGCUCAAGAAGCAAUAGCAAUCUGCAUUCAAGGGAUAUACCCCACCUCACACCUAAUGGGGAGACCCCAUGUCAGGCUGAUCGUCACAUUGUAAUUUGAUAAAACUGAGACAUCCUUUAGGUCAGUAUUGGCUGAGGUUUACAGAAACUGAGAGUGUUGGAAAGUCCCACUAUGGAUUCAGGUCAUCACACUCCAUAUCUCCUGGCCAUUCUCCUCUGCAUACUUCUGCUGCUUGUUGCCUUGUCUACCCUGCUUGUCUGCUACUGGAGGAAAAAAUGCUUCAAAAAUAAGAAAUGGAAAAUUCCCAAAAAAACCCGGGGACUGGUCAAAGAUCAAGCAACUUCCAUGACAAGUUUUACCUUACAUGUGACAGACCCAAAGUCUCACAUUUAUCGUGGCCAAAACAUAUCAAAUGUUUGCCCCUCCUUUCCUCUUAUGGUGGACCACAGCUGUCAGAAACCCUCUCGACCUUCCUCCUUUUUGUCUCUAGAUGGACAAUCAUUGGGUGUGAAUGAAGAUUUUUGUUUGAACACUUUAGACCCUACCGUGGGAGAAAACGGGAAGGCUGUCCAACAAUCAUCUGUUCUUCACUAUGCAAUGUCAUCAGGAGCAUCUUUGCUUAGUAGCAUAUUAGAUAACUCCUUGUAUGUCCUCAAGUCCAAAAGGCGCAGUUCUUCUCUAAAAAGUGGACUAGAUCCAGAAACCUUAAUGGUUCCCCUAGAGUCACCAGUCAAAGAAACCUCAUCAUCAGGUACAAGUCAAUUUAGGGCACUCAGUCUCCCCAGAGACUUGGACCGCAGUACACUUCUGUGUGACAAUUCUGUUGACCAGCAGUUUACAUGGGAUACCCUUGGGCUCUCCAAUCUUAGCCAUCCUGCAGGACACAAAGAAUCAAUUUCUGUGCCAGGCACUUUAGAAAGGAAUGCACACAGUUCUGAAGAUCCUAAGAAGCAAGACUUUCUUCAGCUACAAAAACCUUUUCCUAUUCAACCAAUGGCUUGGUUUGUAUCUUUUGGAAAUAGACCAUUUUCUGGAGGUUUUCAGGUUGGAAAGGUAGACAUAAAUAAUGUGACAAGCUUGGAUUCUGGAGUGGAUAUCGUAGAGAUACCAGUGAGGAAAGAAUGUGAUGGACUGUUUAAAAGUGAUCCCAGCAAGACCUCUUGUUCAGGCAGAAUGGAAAGCUGUACAACGAGGCAAGAACCACAAGAAAUAACUGACCAUAGAGAAACAAAUGUACAUAUCAAUAAACCUCUAGGCAACAGAGUUCAUAUCUCUCAUCAAGAGGCUGCUAGGAGGCUAAAUGGGGAAUACUGUGGCAAAAGUCCAUGGCAAAAGAGGGAAGACAGACCCUUAAUUGGCAUCAACUAACUUUGCACUACCUAUAAAAAAUUGUUUGGCUGAAUUUUUAUUUCAAUAUUUUAUUUAUAUUUGAGGUAUGGAAUCUACUACAGUCCACCUUCAACACUUAUAAAUAUAAAAUAUAUCUGUAUGCUCUAUCGCUUGUGCUCUGUAUACAAUGGAACUAACAAAUAAAAGUAGUUUUUCCAGUGACAGGGUGUGUAGGCAAGGUAUCCUUAACAUAGGUGGAUUACACGCAAAGAUAAUGAGACAUAUCCAUGUUGGCCAGUUGAAUACUUCAUCAAUAAACACAUGGUCAAAGGUUGAUAGAGCCCCCACUGGUAUAGCACUAAAUGUAACACACAAACGUCCUUAGAGACCCCCCUCUUAUAUAAUUGGCAUUCAGUAAAGUAUUUAAUUAUGAUUUGAAGAACAGGAUACAGGGUAGUAUCAUGACUUGGUUAAACCGUGUGCAUAUUUCAAUGCUUCUUAUUCAAAUAAUGGACUUUCAAGCCAAAUAAUUUGUUCUGACAGUAACUGUUGUAGCAUAAACUCACUGUGCCAUUGCCCACCCUUGUCUUUGCUCUAUUUAACAGUUUGGUUAAAGGAAAUUGCUUUAACCAACGCACUUCUUAAUGUUUUACAAAUACUUGUCUAGUAUGCUUUGUAUGUUAUUUAUAAAUAAAUUUUUAACAUUGA